AUGGGUUACAAAGCCGCCGUCGUCCUGGGGUUGCUCCCUCAGUUGCUCUCUGCUAGCAUUGUCUGCAGCUUCUCCGUAGCAGCCAGCAAAGGCGAUACUUGCGAGUCCUUCGCUGCAUCCUGGGGACAGACCCUUGAAUCAUUCAAAGCCCUGAACCCCGGUGUCCAAUGCCCGACCCUCAGCGUUGGCCAGAGCUACUGUGUCAUUGGCACCGUGACAGACAACCCAAAGACCACGACCACAACGACCUCCACAACACUGAAAACAACGACGACUGCGACAACGACAACCUCCUCCUCUAAAUACGAGCCAACCCAGCCUGGCGUGCCCUCUAACUGCGACGGAUUCCAUCUCGUCUCAUCUGGCGACCAGUGCGACACGAUUGAGGCCAAGUACGGUAUUUCGGACGCUCAAUUCAAGGCCUGGAAUCCAAGCAUUAACAACAGUUGCUCCAAUCUCUGGCUGGAUUACUAUGUCUGUGUCCACGUUCCGGGCGCUACGACAACCAGCUCGUCGCCCCAGCCAACGCCCACGGGGCCCCAGCCACAAAUGCCUGGAAUCGUGAGCAACUGCAAGUCCUUCUAUAAGGUCAAGUCUGGCGACAGCUGUUAUUCGAUUGACACCGCUGCGGGCAUCUCGCUUGCUCAGUUCCGCUCGUGGAAUACCCAGAUCGAUGCGACUUGCACUAAUUUGUGGGUGGACUACUAUGUGUGCAUUGGGGUUUAG